AGCAACCUGCAAGUGAACGAAUGAAGUAGCGAAGCUCUGACUGAGCCCCAACGGGAGAUACCGGGAGGUUGUGGCUUUCUACACAUAGUGAGUCCCUGUCACCAGAGGAUCCGAACGGAGGAAGGUCGACGCGAACAAUGCAAGCAGCUCAAUAACGGAGUGGAGACGAACCGAGCCGGCUGUGAUUUAGAAGUGAGAAAAGAAAAAGAAGACGGACGGACAAACGGAUCCAUUGCAGUCCACGUUGAGAGACUAAUAGGUGCGGAGGCUACGUGGGUUUGGUCCGUGGACCAAAACGUGUGGAAACGACAUUUAAAUGUUCUAACGGUAUAUCGCCGCUUUGAAAGCUCCUGAGAGAGAGGCAUCAUAGGAGAGGAUAACGGGAUUUGCAAUAAGAUUCCUGCCUUUUUCAUCGCUUUCCUCUUUUCGUGGGUGCCAAUCCCGGUUACGCUAUCAAGCUGUGUUCUUUAACCAUGGGAUGUACUUUGAGCGCAGAUGAGAGGGAGGCUCGUGAUCGGAGCAAAGCCAUCGAGAAGAACCUCAAAGAAGACGGUCUCACCGCGGCCAAGGAUGUCAAGCUGUUGCUGCUCGGGGCUGGAGAGUCAGGGAAAAGCACCAUUGUGAAACAGAUGAAGAUCAUUCACGAAGACGGCUUCUCUGGAGAUGAUGUAAAGCAGUACAAGCCUGUUGUUUACAGCAACACCAUCCAAUCUCUGGCUGCGAUUGUCCGUGCGAUGGAUACUCUGGGCCUUGAGUAUGGAGACAAAGAGAGGAAGGCGGAUGCCAAGAUGGUGUGUGACGUGGUUAGUCGUAUGGAGGACACAGAGCCUUACUCCAGCGAGCUGCUCUCCUCUAUGAUGCGUCUCUGGGCCGACUCGGGCAUCCAGGAAUGCUUCAGUCGGGCUAGGGAGUACCAGCUCAAUGAUUCAGCGCAAUACUAUUUAGACAGCCUAGAUCGGAUUGGCGCUGCUGACUACCAGCCAACAGAGCAGGACAUUCUAAGGACUCGGGUGAAGACGACAGGCAUUGUGGAGACACACUUUACCUUUAAAAACCUUCACUUCAGGCUGUUUGAUGUCGGAGGACAGAGGUCAGAGAGGAAGAAGUGGAUCCAUUGUUUUGAGGACGUCACUGCUAUCAUUUUCUGUGUCGCACUAAGUGGAUACGACCAAGUGUUGCACGAGGACGAGACCACGAAUCGCAUGCAUGAGUCUCUGAUGCUUUUUGACUCAAUCUGCAACAACAAAUUCUUCAUCGACACUUCCAUCAUCCUCUUCCUCAACAAGAAAGAUUUGUUUGCAGAAAAGAUCAAGAAGUCAGCGCUCAGCAUCUGUUUCCCUGAAUACACAGGACCAAACACCUAUGAAGAUGCAGCAGCUUACAUCCAAGCACAGUUUGAGAGCAAAAAUCGCUCCCCAAAUAAAGAAAUCUACUGUCAUAUGACCUGCGCAACAGAUACAGGGAACAUCCAGGUGGUGUUUGAUGCCGUGACCGAUAUCAUUAUCGCCAACAACCUCCGAGGAUGUGGCUUGUACUAAGCAGACCCCAUGUAACACCCUCAACCACCCUCUCCUCCCUUUCUCCUUCCUUUUCUCUUGCACCUCGCCCUUCUCCUCAUUUCUCUUCCUCUGACACUGCUGUGGAAAUGAUGAUGGUAACGAUGCUGAUUAUUCAGAAAAAAAAAAAAAAAAAAAAAAGAAGAAAAGAAAAAUGCAACUAGGUACAUAUUAUUGACGAUAACUUUAAAAUACUAGGCAUACGUAUAUAUAUAUAUAUAUAUAUAUAAAUAUAUAUAUAUAUAUUGUUUUUAGUUCUUGUUUCUUGCUCUGGCUUUUCCCCCUGAUGUUCUCUGGCCUGCUGCCAAACAGACAAACGUGUUUUAAAAGGAAACACGACACUCUGCAGCCUUGAAAACUUCUCGAACAAAGUUGAUGAAAGUCUGUGUUCUAAUCUAUUUCCUUUUCCAGUCGUGUCUUUUGUUGCUAACAAAAUAUCGUUUUUUCUUUUGUUUGUUUGUUUGUUUAUUACAUUGGAUAUGGAUUGUUUUAUUUUUGUGUUGAUUAUAUCUAUAUUUAUUACAUCAGCCUGUACACAGAUUUGUAUCCACAUUUUGUCUCACCAGACACAUUUGUUGUAUGUUUUUUUUUUUUUUUUUUUUGCAACAGUAGUGUUUAUGUAGGAAUGAUUUUAAAUAAAUAUGUGAAAAUGUCUGUCGCUUAAAAAAAGAAAAAAUCUGAAACAGGUCGGCCGAUCAUAACCUUUGAAAUACAAUCAAGACCUCCUGAAAGUGUCAAACGCAGAUUAUUUUACCAUUUGUCUUUUGUUUACAUUAGCAGAGACACUUUGGCGACCUUAGUUGCACAUUUCUUUUUCAAAUUGUAUGGCUUUACUGUUCAAUGAAAUACAAAGUACUGACAUGGACAGGAAGUGAGAUAUCUUGUUUCCUCAAUUGGCUUUUUAGCCUGACAGCCAACGGAAAGCAGUGCCAGGUGACACAUGCAGGUACUGUAAUGUAGAUAGCAAUGCCUUUAGAAGCGAGGGUGCGUUAUAACUACCUUUCUCACUAUUAUAACCUCUACUAAUAGUCUCGGUGUUAGGAAGGUCGGUCUUGGUUUGAAAAUGGUCGAUUAAUUUAUUUAUUUAUUGAUCACAUCCUGUCUUAGACAUGCUGUAUCUAUCAGUCCCCCUUUCUGUACUUUACAUUUACAGUAGACACCGUCAAGCCUUUUAUGUCUCUCACCUCCAUCCAUGCAUGGCACCCUGGCAUACGGCUAUUACUGGAGGUGGGGCAAGAGGGUGAAGUUGCCAUAAAGGGUCCGAAGCCCUUUCUCCCUUCUUCCUCCUUUUAAAAUCCCAAUAUCUAUAGCAUGAUAGUACUACAGCCUUUGUAUAAAGUUGCCAGUUACUCCAAAACUGGAAGAAAAAAAAACGAUCUACAUAGAUAUUUUUUAAAAAGUCAUUAAAAAUGGAAAAACAAAAAAGCACUUUGAAAAAAUGUUUUUUAAACAAAAAAAUACAACCGCAAAAAGAAAGCACUAAUUGAAAGAGAGACAGAUGUGAGAAUUCUCAUUCAUCCAGGUCAUUUCACAGUCAAGGCGUUUUAUGGAUUGCAACUGGACUGUUCUCAUUGUCUCGGAUUUAGAGGCAGUGGUGAGAGGGGGGCAAAAAUGUCAAAUAAAAAGCUCCUUUUGGCCUUAAGAAACAAUGGUAUGAAAAAGUAUCUGAACAUUGUGGAAUUUCUCACAUUUCUGCAUAAAAUCAAUAUUAAAUGUGAUCUGAUCUUUGUCAAAAUUACACAGAUGAAAAAACGGUGUCUGCUUUGACUAAAACCACCCAAACAUUAAUAGGUUUUCAUAUUUUAAUGAGGAUAGUAUGCAAACAAUAACAGAAGGGAGAAAAAUAAGUGAACCAUCACAUUGAAUAUUUUGUACCCCCCCCCCCCAAUUUUGGCAGCAAAAACCAGACGCUUCCUAUAGCUGCAGAUCAGUCUGGCACAUCGAUCAGGACUAAUCUUGGCCCAUUUUUCUCUACAAAACUGCUGUAGUUCAGUCAGAUUCCUGGGAUGUCUGGCAUGAAUCGCUGUCUUUAGGUCAUGCCACAGCAUCUCAAUGGGUUCCAAGUCUGGACUUUGACUUGGCCACUAUAGAACGUGUAAUUUUUUCUUCUGAAACCAUUCUGAAGUUGAUUUACUUCUGUGUUUUGGAUCAUUGUCUUGUUGCAGCAUCAUGAUGAAUCAUGACAUAUCAUGAUGCUCCCUCCACCAUGCUUCACAGUGGGGAUGAGGUGUUGAUGUUGGUGAGCUGUUCCAUUUUUCCUCCAAACAUGACGUUGUGUGUUACUCCCAAACAAUUCAACUUUGGUUUCAUCAUUCCGCAAAAUAUUUUUCCAAAAUAUCUGUGUAGUGUCCAAGUGCCUUUUUGCGAACAUUAAAUUAAAUUGGAGCCUCCCAUGAACACCAUUCUUGGCCAUUGUUUUACAUAUAGUUGAUGUGUAUACAGAGAUAUUGGACUAUGCCAGUGAUUUCUAUAAGUCUUUAGCAGACACUCUAGGGUUCUUUUUUACCUCUCUGAGUGUUCUCCGCUGAAUUCUUGGCGUCAUCUUUGAUGGACGGCCAAUCCUUGGGAGGGAAGCAACAGUGCCAAACUUUCUCCAUUUGUAGACAACAUCUGUGACUGUCGAUUGAUGAACAUCCAGACUAUUAGAGAUGGUUUUGUUUCCUUACCUAGCUUUAUACAAAUCAACAAUCCUUGAUCGCAGAUCUUCAGACAGCUCUUUUGACCGAGCCAUGAUGCACAUCAGACAAUGCUUCUCUUUAAGGCAAUUCUUACCCAGUGUGUGUUUUAUAGUGGGCAAGGCAGCCACACACCUGGCUUAAAAUGUUAGGUAAAAUUUGGUUUCAAUUGCUUUUUAAGUCUCCUCAGGCAGAGGGUUCACUUACUUAAUUUCCCCCAUUCUGUCUUUGUUUGCAUGCUAUCCUGUAAAUGUUUGGGUGGUUUUAGUUAAAGCAGACACUGUAUUUUCAUCCGUGUAAUUUUGACAAAGAUCAGAUCACAUUUGAUUGUGAUUUUAUGCAGAAAUGUGAGAAAUUCCAAAAGGUUCAGAUACUUUUUCAUACAACUGUAUCUUAUUUUCAAGAAUGUUAACAAGUGAUUCCAUUUAAAUUAUUGUUCUUGGAGGACAGGGGCGUUGCUUCAAUGCAUCUCUACGACUCAUUUUGCAUUCCAAGAGACAUUUGAUGUUUGUUUCUAAUUUAAGGGGAUAAUGGACCUAUCGCAAAGCCCUGCCCCUUUGUAAAACUCAACCCCAAGCUCAAAUUCUCUUAGUGACAGUGAUUGAGUGAACGAACGAUUUAUCGAUCAUGGCGGGAGUUCAAAUUUCUAAAUUUGCACUACCACAGCUGGCAAUAAACCAAUUUUUUUUUUUUUUUUUUUUGUAUCGUCUCGAAGCAGACAGAGUGUUGUAGUAUGCAUUGGAGCGGUAUAGCCAUGGUUUUAAACAGAAAGGAGACCAUUAUUAUAAUCGAGACAAAAUGGUACCACUCACAACUUAAAACGAGAAACCCCACAACGUUUAUAGCGUUAGCUACUUAGUAACGUUAUGUCAUGUCUUCUGUCAGAUUUGGCUCCCGAAGCUUUUGUGGCGAUAAAUGAGCAGUCUUUUACAUUCACUUGGAUUCUCAAUAUUAUCCAGAGGUGCUAAGAAAAAACGACUUACAUCAUACACAUACAUGUGAAACAGGAAUAUAACGUAAAUAAAUGUUCAACUUUGAGAGAGCGGCGUGCAUUCGGGUUGACCGCGGCCAAAUGCUUUCCUUCGUGUGCAUCCGCGACUAAACGUAAGUGCAUCUUUUUUUUUUUUAAUAUAUAUAAAACAUUUGUGGUGUUUACUUUGGACUUUCAGUGCUGAGGUCUUGACGGUUUAUAUUAGUUAUAUUUUGUUUUAUUUGUGUAGUGAUAGGCUAGUAAACAAAUAGGCAGUCAUAUCUUAGCAAACUGACGUUAAUAAUUCAGUCUAUGUUUUUACUACAUACUAUCAUUUUGGGUUUUUUUUUUUUUUUUUUUUUUACAAAUUGAUUAUUAACUUCCCUUUGAGCAAGCAUACAGUGCUGCUCAAAAGUUUGUGAACCCCCUCAACAUUUUGGAAUUUUCUAUUAUUUCAACCUGAUUUCCUAAUCAAUCAAUUCAGUAGUUUUUUUUUGUGUUUUUUUAACAGUUGUGUUGUCGAGACUAAAUUAAAAAGAGUUUUCAUCAACUGAUGUAGGUGCAAAAUUGAACUGUUUGGUCACAACCAAAACCGCCAUGUCUGGCGAAAAGUCAACACUGCAUACCACCAAAAGAACCUUCUCCCAACAGUGAAGCAUGGAGGUGGGAAUGUCAAGAUCUGGGCUUGCUUUUCAUCCUCAGGACCUGGACAAAUCCACAUAGUCCAGGGAAUCAUGAAUUCUGAGGAAUAUUGUCAAAUCCUAGAACAUAACCUGACGCCAUCUGUUUUGAAGUUAAAGCUUGGCAGAAGGUGGAUCAUGCAACAUGAUAAUGAUCCAAAGCAUUCCAGCAAUACAACCAAGGAAUGGCUGAAAAAGAAGAAGAUUCGUGUUCUGGACUGGCCCAGUCAAAGUCCUGACCUAAAUCCCAUUGAAAUGCUGUGGCGGGACCUGAAGCGAGCAGUUCAUGCCAGACGCCCAUCAAACCUCUCUCAACUGACUGCGUUCUGCAAGGAAGAAUGGGCAAAAAUCCCCCAAAGUAGAUGUGAGAGGCUGAUUAGUCACUACAGAAACCGUUUGGUUGAGGUAAUCUCUGCAAAAGGAGGCGCAAUAUCCUAUUAACUGAAGGGGUUCACAUACUUUUGCACACAUGAUAUCUGAGUUUUUCUUAAAUCAACCACUUUUGUUAAAUAAAGAAUGACAAUAUAACUAUUUCUUUUGUUUCAGUCCAUUAUUUGGAAUGUCAGUAUUGUGGAUUUGGGUAUAACUUAACAUUUAAUAAGGUUAUUUUAGUUUUUUUUACAAAAAAUCUGACCAUCGCUGUGGGGUUCACAAACUUUCGAGCAGCACUGUAAGUGUCUUUGGGUGACUGUCUUGGCGUCAGUUGUUUAUGUGAUCGACGACAGACCCUUAUCCAUAGCGUGUAUUCGCCGAGGCUUCUUUUAGGGUUUGAAAAAGGCCCCCCCCAAAAAAUCGUCCCCCCAGUCUUUCAGGGUACCUGGCGUCGGAAUUACACGUACCCAGCAUCAAACCAUCAGGUUAUUGCUAUUUUAAAGUUAGAAAAAAAGAUGUUUUAAAAGUCACGACCACACAGUAUUCUUAUGCAACUCUAUGGCUAGGUGUGGUAUGGCUUUUGUGAUUCGGGGGCGUGGUUUUGUGAUAGGUCCAUUGUAUGGACAUGAACUGAUGAAGCCUGUUUGGAUGAGGGAUAACACCUUCUGAGGUCAGGUUCACACCGCCAGGCGUGAUGCCUGAUUCACUUUUUUGUGUGUGUGUGUGUGGGGGGGGG